UGAUGUAUAAAUCCCUUCUUCUUUGUGCUUUGCUAAUAGCAACUCAAGCUGGACAUGUUAGAAAGACUCAUGGAGCAGUUCAUUAGAAGAGAGUCUUCAAUAGUGCCUUCAUGGAAUUUGUCAAUUUGGGAGAUUCUGAUUAUCAUCUUAACCCUAAGGAAGCUUGUAUGAUCUCUUCAUUUAAAUAGAACAUUGGGCAUAAAUUACAUAAGAAGAGACUAAACAUGAUAAAAAAGCCAAGAAACAUGCUUCAUUAGUCCAAACCAAUGAACAAUAUAUUCCUGGAGUUGUGGGUGAAGUAACUGAUUUAUCCAAUAAUGCUGGUGUGUAUUCUUACACUGUUACUGAUAUGAAUGGAAAUAUUCUUGAAUAGGAUGCAGGUGAUCAUUUACCUAAGUAAUUCUAUAAUGCUUAUUUACAAAUGACUCAGGAAAUUGAAAAGGGUCCUGCUAUGAUCAAAUUAUAAACUGAUUUGGAUAACAUUAUUAGAGAAGAUCAAUUAGAAUAAGAGAGUAAAUAAGAAUAACAAUCUUAAGCUCUUGAAGGAACUACUCUUUCAGAAUAAGAAUAAUGAUU